AUUAUUUUAAGCGUCUGUGGGUAGUUACACUUUGUAUGGUGACAUAUACUGAGCUUAACUAAUUUAGCUAUACCGUGUGUCGAAAAAUGUACCUUUCUUGAAGCCAAAUCGAGUAACCAUGGCAACUAAGGCUUGCGUCGAGUUGUGUACAACCCAUUGAGCUGGCUGCUGCAGGCACAGGCAGGGACCGCUUCUAAUCUAUUUUUAGGGUGAUUCACUGAACAAAUAAGGCCCUUUUUGAACCGAGCUGUUUGCCACAAAGUGGCCGAGACACGGCGUGUCCUGUCGGCUCUGACAACCAUCUGCCAGCGGGAGAAAGCUGCCACGGAUGUCUGGGGAAGGGUCUAUAAAAGUGUCCUACAUUUUCCCAAAUGGAGACAAAUAUGAGGGAGAGUGCAGCAGAUCUGCUUCAGGGGGGGUGAAGCGGAGUGGCGCCGGUAAACACACGUCAGCGGGUGGCAUCAUAUACACUGGAGAGUGGCUUGAAGACAGCAUGCAUGGCAAAGGGACCCUGCAGCAUCCCUCUGGAGCCGUCUAUGAAGGAGAAUUCAAAGACAACAUGUACCACGGCAAAGGAACAUAUACCUUCCCGGACGGCUCCACUUACAAAGGUCACUUUCAGCACAACAGGUUGGAUGGUGACGGGUCGUUCACCGACACAAAGGGACUGGUUUGGACGGGGGAGUUUCUCGGCAGAGCAGCGUUAGGCCUCAAACUGCAGCACACUACAGAAAAACAAGCAUUAUUUUGCAAUUUAUAAUAUACUGUAUAUGCUACAAGAAAUAGUAUUAAAUACAGCAACAAACAAUGUGUGAUACCUAAAUACCCAAGCAAUCAGUGUGUCAUGUCUAUGUUUAAUUUCCCUUAGAAGAUGUUUCAAUGUUUUUUUUUCUGUUUUUAUGCUGAUGCAACACUUCUCAGUUAAAAAACAUAAUCCAAGGACUGCUAGUGGCAGGUUUAAGCAAUUAAUUCACUGCAAACUUAAGACUUGAAUUUUAAUAUACCUGGAAAUAUAUACAUUAUUUACCACACACAAUAAAAGCUGUAAGCACAUUUCACCCUGGUUAUCUGGUUUCCAUCAGGGUGAAGGAUGAUUACAGGGCACAUUAUUACAGCACUAGCUAAUCACAAAGUCCCCAUCCACGACAGCUCU